CGUCUCUUCAGGACUCGUCUCUGCAGAACAGGACUCGUCUCUGCAGGACUCGUCUCUGCAGAACAGGACUCGUCUCUGCAGGACUCGUCUCUGCAGGACUCGUCUCUUCAGGACUCGUCUCUGCAGGACUCGUCUCUGCAGAACAGGACUCGUCUCUUCAGGACUCGUCUCUUCAGGACUCGUCUCUGCAGGACUCGUCUCUGCAGGACUCGUCUCUUCAGGACUCGUCUCUCGUCUCUUCGGGAUGGCAGUGAGUAAGACCAGAGCUGAGGUGGUGGCUUUGAAGGAGAAGUCUGUGUUUGUGCCGGAUGAGAAUCUGUCCUCGGGGUUGAGGCUGCAGCUGGCUGCAGCUCUUGUCUUGGUGGUCCUUCUUGGUGUGGGCUGCACCGGGCUGCUCGUCUGGUACUACACUGAAGGGCCGGACGUGACGACACAACCGGGCCCAACUGAAGCAGCAGCCAACACCGACACUGCUGAGACAACAUAUUCCAGCUACACGAUGGCGAGCGUCAGCACCAGAGAGAAAGCAGCCAUCCACCUGGAAGUGGAAGAUUUCUCCAAAGACGAUCAGCUGAAGUGGCAAGACAGCAGCGGCAGUGCGUUCGCUCGGGGAGGCCUCCGCCUGGUGGACAACGACAUCGUCAUUCCAGAAAGCGGCCUGUACUUCGUCUACAGCCAGGCGGUGUUCAGAGUCACCUGCAGCUACGACACGUACGUAAGCCACAAGAUCCUCCGCUACUCCGACUCCUUCGACGCUCCGCUUUUGAUCAUGUUCGCCAUCAAGUCGGUGUGCCAAGACACCAACAGGCAGAACGGAGAGGUCAAGUUCUUCGAGCACGUUUAUCUCGGAGGAGUGUUUCAGCUGAAGAAGGGGGACCGACUGGGGACCACGUCCUACUGGACCCUGGAUGUGCAGACCGACAGCGGCAAGACUUUCUUUGGUGCGUUUGCAGUUUGAGACUCUGAGCUCUGCUGGAGGAUCGAUGUGUGAGAAUGUUUCUCAGAUCUCAACGGAAGUAAACGUACAGACGAGGAUUAGAGUCAACAAAAAAUGAAAGAAAAAUAAGUUUGUUUGAUCGUUUCAGUUCUGAAUGUGUUCGUUUUAUUUCAACAUCUUGCUUUUGUUUCUUCAACGCUUUAAUGUUUGUCACACACUUUGUAUUCUACAUCCCAGGGUCCAAAACAGGAAGUUACACAAUAUUAUUCCCAAGUACGGAGACUUUAAAGAUGUUUAACUCGAGUCGCAGGUACUUUUUGUGAAACUUCCUGCCAGGACUCAUUUGAAUAUUCAGUGGAGCAAAUGGUUUGAUGGUUUGAUUUGUGUUUCCUUGUUGGUUUGGUCCUUCAUGGUUUCACAUCAUCUGAGCUUUUGACUGACUUUUAAUUGAAAUGUUUUGGCUUUAAAUGACUGUUUAAUACUGAACUGUAAUUUGUAUUUAAUCUUGUACAUGAAAUGAAUAAAGAUC